ACCUCACCUGCAACGGCACAAUCGAUUCACCACGCCCAAUGGUUGGUGAGAAAUUGGUUAUUGGUAAGCCUCGUUUAUAUAAGCAGUGUAUCUAUGUUCAUGCUUUCAUCUACAAAACGUGUGCUUCCAUAGCAAAAAUCAUGUAAUAGAAACAAAAUUAUUGAACUCUGAACACUGCUUACCAGUUGCAACCAAAAGGAAAAUAGCAAAGUCCAAAUUCUAAUAGAAAUUUACAAGCAUCUGUUCCUCACAAAUAUAUUAUUGCAGGCCUCAGUGUUUGUGUUUCUGCAACUGCAGUGAUGGCCUUCACAUGCAUGUUGCUCAUGCAAUUUCAAAGAAGGCACAAGAGGGAGAAAGAUGAGUAUUUCAAACAACAUGGAGAUCUCAAGUUAUAUGAUGACAUGAGAUCAAGGCGUGUCGACACAAUCCGCAUACUUACAGAGAAAGAGAUAAAGAGAGCCACUGACAACUACAAGGAAAAUCGAGUUAUUGGAUGUGGUGGUCAUGGUAUGGCUAGAGGAACUUCCAUUUAGUUAUUUCUGGUGACAAACCUACUCCAUAUUGAUUUAACCCUGUCCAGCUAAUAUAAUGUGCAGUUUGCAUACAUGUAACAUGGCUAACUGGCAUCCAACUAUGGCAGGAGCAUCGACAGUCAUGGUAAUCUUCAUAGCAAGCAUCUUCUUCCCAGCAGUGGGAACACUUGCCCGAGCCUCUUCUGGACACUCCAUGUCGUCACCAGGUUGCCCUGACAAGUGUGGCGACGUAUCCAUCCCAUACCCCUUUGGGAUUGGCGCGCACUGUGCUGCGAUCAGCCUCAACAGCUACUUCAACCUCGACUGCGACAGCACGGUCGAUCCACCAAGGCCAACUGUUGGUGAUCCGAAUGUAGCAGCUGAGAUCGCCGACAUCUCACUGAAGAAUGGCGAGAUGCACCUAUACAGCCCCGUCAAUCACAUCUGCUUCACGUCGAACACCACAUUCACCAAGUUCACCACAGGGUACGAUCUGAAGCGCACGCCCUUCCUCCCGUCACCGCCACGCAACCGUUUCACAGUCAUUGGCUGCAACACCCUUGGGCUCAUCACCGGCUACAAAGAAACCGCAGGCCAGUAUGUGACUGGUUGCUACUCGAACUGCGAGGGCAUCAACAACACGUCUGAGGGCGCGCCAUGCAAUGGGAUGGGCUGCUGUGAGGUUGCCAUCCCCACCAACCUCACCUCCUUGGAGAUCAAAUUUGAGAUGACACAGAGCAGGGUAUGGAGCUUCAACCCAUGUUUCUAUGCCAUGGUGGCUGAGGUUGGGUGGUACACCUUCAGGCAGCAGGACCUUGCCGGCACUCUUGGGUUCAUUGAUGGUCGAGCUAAGAGAGGUGCUGCCGUUGUUGUCGACUGGGCCAUUAGGAAUGGCUCAUGCCCGGAGAAGGGGAAAGACACACCUACUGACUAUGCUUGCAUCAGUACAAACAGCUAUUGCAUGGCCGCGAACAAUGGUCCAGGAUACUUAUGCCAAUGCUCCGGAGGAUAUGAGGGCAAUCCUUAUCUUCUGACUGGCUGUCAAGACAUAGACGAGUGCACAUUGCGUAAGCAGGACCCCAAGUAUGAAGAUUUGUAUCCAUGCAGACAAGGGGUCUGUAACAACACACCCGGGAACUACUCUUGCAUAUGCAAGAGAGGAACACGACCUGAUGGUACAAAAUUUGGAUGCCGACCUCUGUUGUCUUCAGAUCAAAAAUUGGUCAUUGGGCUCAGUAUUUCUGCAACUUCGGUGAUGGCCUUAGCAUGCUUGCUACUCAUGCAAUUUCAAAUAAAAAGGCACAAGAGGGAGAAAGAUGAGUAUUUCAGACAAAAUGGAGGUCUCAAGUUAUAUGACGAGAUGAGGUCAAAGCAGGUUGACACAAUCCGCAUACUUACGGAGAAAGAGAUAAAGAGAGCCACUGACAACUACAAUGAAGGUCGAGUUAUUGGAUGUGGUGGUCAUGGUAUGGUCUACAGAGGAACUUUGGAUGAUCAAAAAGAGGUCGCCAUAAAGAAGUCCAAAGCAAUCAAUGCUGAUUGGAGAGAAGAAUUUGUCAAUGAGAUUAUAAUCUUGUCACAAAUCAAUCACCGAAACAUUGUGAGGUUACUAGGCUGUUGUCUGGAUGUGGAUGUCCCAAUGUUGGUCUACGAGUUUGUCUCCCAUGGUACUCUAUCCCAGUUCCUUCACGGUGCUGAUCGUAGAUUGCCAAUUCCCCUUGCUAUUCGCCUGCAGAUUGCUACACAGUCAGCAGAAGCUCUAGCUUACUUACAUUCAUCCACAUCUCGCACAAUCCUACAUGGCGAUGUCAAGUCUGCCAACAUUCUCUUGGAUGACAAGCUCAAUGCAAAGGUUGCUGAUUUCGGAGCAUCAGCACUUAAGUCCAUGGAUGAAAGUGAGUUCAUCAUGUUUGUCCAUGGAACAUUGGGAUACCUUGACCCUGAGAGCUUUAUCAGCCAUCUUUUCACUGAGAAAAGCGAUGUAUACAGUUUCGGGGUUGUUCUUCUCGAGCUAAUGACACGAAAGAGGGCUAUAUAUACCGACAACUUUAAUGGAAAGCACUCACUGUCAUAUAGUUUUCCCUUGAUGUUUCAUCGGAAGACGCACCACGUUAUGCUGGACUCUGAAAUUACAGAUGACGCGGGUAUGGUGGUCCUUGAGAACAUGGCUGAACUCGCAGUUCACUGCCUUAGCCAGAGGGGAGAUGACAGGCCAACAAUGAAGGAAGUUGCCGAGAGACUAGAUAUGAUGAGGAGACUCUAUCCGCACGCCACCAGUGCUUGUGAACAUAACUGCUUUGCACGUAGUUAUGGAGCAUCAUCUUCAGUGGCUAUCCCUUUGGGCGAGACAACACAUGGGACCAUCGAUAUGUCUGAGCUGGUUGAAGAUCUUGCAAGAUGAUGUUUGUAUUUGAUGCGCAGUCAAUUCUUUUGUUUGGGAUAUGCAACACUAAAUAUUUAACCCGCACAUUGUCUUAAUAAGUUAGCCAGUUACGGAGCAAUAAUCCUAUCAUUUGAUUUGACAUGCUGGAGAAAUCGCCACAUACGCCAUUGUUUCUUUGGUAGAAGUAGAACACCUAUACCAUUGUAGUAAUUUUGUGGGGAACGAGCUUUGGAUGUGUAUGGUCCAAUUAAGCAGCCUUUGACUGUCAGUAUUUUGCUCCAAGUGUCAUGUUCUGAUGGCUCAAACUAAGUUCAACUGGCAUUUCUAUAAAAAAAAAAAGGAACCUUCAGCUGGCAACGUCUGCCAGAAUUUAUGCUUACUUUUGUAGAUAGAAAUAAAAUGCAUACUUGGUAAAUGAAAACUUCAGCUGGCAAACAACCAAUGGUCCUGAAGACAACAGCUAUGCAGAUAAUUAACAAUGGAGGAUCAUCUUCGGUUGUUGUCUCGUUCGACAAGGGAACACACGGGACCACCGACAUGUCCGAACUGAUUGAUGAUCUUCCAAGGUGAUGUUUGUAAUCUUGUAUGCCCAGUUAGUUCUUUGGUUUGUGGUAUAGAAAACUAAACCCAGCCAUUGUUAUGAUUGUGAAUUCCAAUAAGGUAACCCUGCUCCUGUUUUGGCCAUUUAGCUUGAACUCUGAACUCUGAAGAUAAGUGUUCACAGUCCGAACUCUGAAGAUAUAUUCAGCUAUGCAACACACACAAUACUGAAUUUAGUGGUUCC